AUGGCCCGUGCUAUUUCUCCUUCUGACGCUGGAUCACGGUCUUCUUUCUCCUCUGUUCGAGAAAACGACGACGGCCUUGCCCAGACUUUCACUCGCUCCAAAGUGUCUUCUUACAUCGAGACUUCUGAAGACGUCUUUGACGAGUCUCCCGUCUCAGAGGUUGCGCAACUCUCUUUCCAAACGCCGUUGACCCAACCGCACAGCAAACUACAUGGCUUCUGGUAUCCUCCAGAUAGUUUCAAGGGAUGGAAAGAAAUCCCCAUCAAGGGCAAGGCUGCGAGCCGUAGCUGUGAGGACUUGCGCAAGCUGCAUAUGACCUGGGAGUCGCCGCCAGCCUCACCAUCUCCUUCCAAGAAGCCAGUAGGCGUCCACGGCAUCGGCCAUUCUCCUUUGGAGCACCUUCCAAGUGAGGUCUUGGGUUCGAUUAUCGAUUUGCUUGUCGUCGAAAUCCCACCAAACGGCUUGACCACUCGCAACACCGAUCUGAUGGCCCUGCUUCUCACCUCUCGAUCCAUUCACGCCGCCACUCUUACGACUCUGUAUCGGCAUAUAACCAUUCCUCACUCCCGCAUCUUCCGCAAAUUUUUAAACACCAUCACGGAAUAUCCGGCCCUUGCCACUAUUGUUCGCCGACUCGACUUUAGCCACUUCAACCCAUCCAUGCUUUUCUCCACGGCUAGCGAGCGUGCCAAGACCCAGAAUCUCACCACCGAGACUCUGGUGAAAUGUCUCGAGCUCACGCCUUAUCUGCAGGAAUUCCUGGCGCAGGAGUAUAUUGACAUUGAUCUUGGUCCACCCGUGCUGCGGAAGCUGUUCUUCGAUCUGCCCAAUCUGCAGGCACUGGAUUUCUGCGGGUGUUCGUCGACUGUCUUCAAAAACUCGUUCAACUCCAUUUUACAGGAACCUUGGCCCGAGAUGCUGUCCAUAAGCAAACUCUCCUUCCACAAGUGUUUGGGUCUUCCGUCGGCCGUUUUCGAAACCAUUAUGCCGCGCUUAGGCAACCUUUCACAUCUGGAUGUCGCAGGCACUCGCAUUAGCGACGAAGCUCUGCAGCUGAUUCCUGCGACCGCAAAGCUGACGCACUUGAACCUGGCCAAGUGCAAGGAAUUGUCUGCUGAAGUAGUGGUCAAGUUCGUCACCUCUCAUCCGGCCACCAAGGACUCUCUGGUGUUUUUGAGCUUGGCUACCGACCCGACCAAUCACCUUUUGCUAGGAAAGGAUGAUAUCGACGCCUUGCUACCGAAUUUGCCCAAGACACUGAAGUCACUUAGCCUUCGCGGCAGUAGGAUGCAUGCCUCUCACCUUCCUGAGCUCGUGCGUCUUAUGCAAACUCUGGAAGAGCUUGCUCUUGGUCGCGGCCUAGAAAUGAGCGAUAUCCAUCGCCUAUUCUACCAGGACCAGCAAUGGAUACCUCACAGUCUGCGGUAUCUCGACAUUUCAGACAUUGACUCCAUCAUUGGAAGUGCGAGCCUGUUGCUUGCACCGGCAUCUGCUCCUCUUCAUGUUAUUGAGAUUGAGGAGCGAGCAUAUGAAAGAGCCGCCAAGGUGAACAAAAACCUCCAGCGCGUCGGAUGGGUCGCUAAGGAGUUCGGCAGCCGCUAUUGGCUGGUUCGCAUGAACGCAGAUGGGACGACCAGAGAUAAUGGCGCUCGAUGGUGGAAGAUGGGCGCAGAGAGCUGGGGCAUGAGGAAGGUUCCCGUCGCGGUAGCAGAGGUUGGAGGGAUGUACGGCUCCUAUAUGUUUGGACGACGCGUCUAG